ACAUACAAGUGAACCGCUAUUUAAACUGUGAUCUCAUUUGAUCGUCUCUCCCAUUGAACAGUAGUCGCCCUAAUCCUUUUUUUUUAUUUCUCCUUUGCCCGCUGACCCUUUCAAUACUUUGAAUGUGCAGCGCAGUUUCUCGAUCAUGGCUGGAUUUUUUACGUGGUUUUGGAGGUAUCGGAAUUACGCCGUCAUAGUUCUCACACCUCUCCUCUUGCUCCCCCUGCCUCUCGUCAUCCCCACCUCGGAGGCAAAAUGUGGCUAUGUGAUCAUCCUAAUGGCGCUGUACUGGUGUACGGAGUGCAUCCCUCUGGCUGCAACUGCCCUGCUCCCCGUCAUACUUUUCCCCAUGAUGAAGAUCAUGGAGUCAGAUGAGGUGUGCAUCCAGUACCUGAAAGACUCCAACAUGCUCUUCAUUGGAGGCUUGCUGGUGGCCAUCGCUGUGGAGCAUUGGAACCUGCACAAGAGAAUUGCCCUCCAGGUCCUGCUUUUUGUUGGCGUCAAACCUUCGCUCCUGAUGAUCGGCUUCAUGGGCACCACCGCCUUCUUGUCCAUGUGGAUUAGUAACACGGCCUCUACGGCCAUGAUGCUGCCCAUCGCCAACGCUGUGCUGCAGCAGCUCAGCGACUCUGAGGCCAACGCAGAAGAGAGGGCUUAUUAUGAACUCCAGGCUGCUGGGCACGGCGUGGACAACCAAGGCUUCGAAAUGAUGGACGCUAAUGUACGCAAGGAGGUCGAACAGAAGGACAGCAGCGUCAAUAUGGAUCGAGAUAACAUGGCUGGGACACACAAUGAUAUUUCAAAGGCUACCGGUUCAGAGAUGGCGGAACAGCGUAGAAUCAAGCGGGAACAAAAGUACAUGAAGCUGACCAAAGGCAUGAGUCUGUGUGUUUGCUAUGCAGCGAGCAUCGGAGGGACAGCAACACUCACUGGAACCACACCCAACGUCAUCCUGAAGGGCCAGAUUGAUAAACUUUUUCCAGAAAACGGUGGCAUCAUCAAUUUUGCAAGCUGGUUCGGCUUCGCGUUCCCCAACAUGAUCCUCAUGCUGGUCUUAGCUUGGUUGUGGUUACAGUUCAUGUUUCUGGGCCUCAAUUUUAAAAAGUCCUUUGGAUGCGGCGGAAAAAGUGCAGGCGACAAGGAGGCCUACCAGGUGAUCAAAGAGGAGUACAAAACGUUGGGGAAGAUGAGCUUCGCCGAGGCCUGCGUGCUGGUCAUCUUCACGCUGCUGGUUCUUCUGUGGUUUACCAGGGAGCCCGGCUUCAUACCAGGCUGGGCCACUGUUCUCUUCAACCAGAAAAAAUCCUUCGUCACAGAUGGGACAGUGGCUAUUUUGAUGUCGGCACUGUUCUUCUGCAUCCCCUCCAAAUUUCCCAGAAGUGGCAGGACGUCUGAGGACGGCGUCCCUGCUGAAUCCGCUCCUCCUCCUCUCCUUACUUGGGAAAUUGUCCACGAAAAGAUGCCUUGGAACAUCCUUUUGCUCCUGGGAGGAGGAUUUGCUCUGGCACACGGUAGUGAGGUGUCUGGACUGUCCAAGUGGUUAGGGGAAAGUCUCAUCCCGCUGCAGAGCAUCCCUCCCUUUGCUAUCUCCAUUCUGCUGUGUCUGAUGGUGGCCAUGUUCACGGAAUGUUCCAGCAACACCGCGACCACCACCCUGUUUCUACCAAUACUCGGUGCCAUGGCCACGGCCAUCAAGAUCCACCCACUGUACGUGAUGUUUCCCUGCACCAUCGCUGCCUCUCUGGCUUUCAUGCUGCCUGUGGCCACGCCCCCCAACGCCAUCGCCUUCUCCUACGGCAACCUGAAAGUCAUGGACAUGGCCAAAGCUGGGUUCAUUCUGAACUUCGUUGGAGUCCUGACCAUCAACAUUGGCAUUAACACGUGGGGGGUGGCCAUGUUCGAUCUGGACACCUUCCCCAGUUGGGCAAAUGUUACUAAAAACCCUUGAAUUUUAAUUUCGGGAAAAACUGCACCUGCAAAUAGCAGUUUUUCUUCGAAUCAUCAAAUUCCGCUCAAUUGAGCUCAGUUGAACAUUUGGACCAAUCAUGGCCAAAUGGACCUGCUCCCACAAACACUGGGACUCAUUUUUGUAAUAUUGUUAACUAAAUGAGCACAAAACAGGGAAGCAAAUCUCUAGUUAGUCAGGAUGGUUCAAACGUAAUGUCCGUGAAGUCGCGUACGAAAUCAACUUUUAGUAUUUUAUGCACAAGCACGCACAACCUUGCCGUGAUACCUUUUUGUGCCACUGCACAAUCCAGUGCAAGAGCUGUAUCAAAAAAUCUGUCCUUACAAGAAUAAUAAUACUUCGUUUUGAUGGUACUGUCAGUGAGAUUAUGAAAUUAUCAGUUUAAUAUUAUGACUGUAGAAUUAGCUUUAGCUAAUAGCUCGUCUUUGUUAAAUUACACCGGGGUCAAACUUUUCCAAAUAGUUCAAAAUGUGAGGCACUGUAGCUAUAGAGCUCAUGCAUGUGACAUCACCAUUUUUCACGGUGCCAUAUUGCCGGUUAAACAGAUACCAGCUGAAAAGACGAGAAAAGAUCGAUGGAUUUCGGCAAUUAAACGGGAUGGAUGUGCCCAACCAAAUACACACGCCUGUGUAGCAAUAGCUUCAUUUCAGGCAGGAAUUAUUCUUCUAAAUCUCAAAUAACCAAGAAGUAUUUAUAAUGCCAAGUUGGCUCAUUUGAGAACAAUGUGUAUUUGAAAAAACAAACAAAAAAAAAAAACAUCUGUUGUAGGGAGGUUUACAGAGGUUAACAUGUGGGCGCAAUACGCUUCCAUGUACGGAGGAGAUGGCUCCGUCCGUUAAUGUUGUGUAAAACCAGGGGUAAUUUAUUCAAAUAUUGGUAUUUGAACAGAUCCGGCAACAAAGUAUUUGUAUGCGUCCAGACUUUUAUACGCUCUUUUGUGUAAAUCUCAAUAACUUACUCACCAGCUCCAUGUGUAGAUCCGGUUCUCCAAGACAAGCGGAAGCGGGUUAACAGUCCACUUUCUUAUCGGAGAAAACAUCGACUUUGGCAUUAAAUAUGGGUCCUCUAUGCAAAGUGUCUCUCAUUUCUCCACGUACCUUCGUUUAUUAUCACCUUCUAAAUGUUUAACGGUAUCGGAAAAAAUCUCUGGGCGUUGUGCUACAAGACAUAUUUUCAUUUUGUCGCAACGGAAUUAACUUGCAACAAUGCUUUGUUUGACCGGCAAUGUGGUGAUGUCACAUGAUUUUAUGGCAUAGGUACAUGAGGCCUAUACUACAUGAGCACAAUAAAAAAAAAAAAAUGGUAACAGCUAUUUUAAAAAGUAUCCAUGAAAAUUGGUUUUCCUAUAGAGGUUGAAUAUUUGACACAGCUUUUUAAUUGGCUCGUAUUAGAUUGUGGAGGUGUCCAAACAGUGUACAUCCAUGAUUUCUCACUACUGUUUUCCUAAUGUGCACAUUCAAUUGUAAACACGAUAAAAGUGCAGAUUUCUUUCCAUUGAGAUGUGUAUAUACUAUUAAUAUUCUGCUGGGAAGCAAAUGAAGUGUUAUUGUUUGGCAUACUGAGGUUACAUGUCAGCCGAUAUGUUCCAUAUGAAUGGGCCCUGACCUCGACCAUAUGGAAUAAUACAAACAUAAUGUGAUUUUUUUCAAAAUGUUGUCGUUACUUUAAACAUGUAUAUUGUUG